GUGCAAUCCUACUGGUCAGUGUCCAGGGAAUAGCUGUAAAUGUUGACCCAAUCAUCUGCACAUGGUUAUUGUAUCAGCCUCAUAGAGGGAGCAGCAGGAAGCAGCAACAGAAUUCAGGUCCAGUUCCUUUGGUCAAAAGAAGAGAAGAUGAGGUGUCAGUGGGGAGCGCACCACUGGCCAAACAGCCCUCUAAUCAGGCUUCAGACUACGCAAGCAGCCCUAUGAAGACCAAAACAGUGACAGAAUCACGUCCUAUGUCCAUCCCGAUGAAGGUGAUGCCAGACUUUGCAGUUGACGAGUCUUGGGCGACCAGCGAGGAGCGAAUGAAGGAGCUCUUCAGUCAUGCCUGGGAUGCUGUUAAGCGACUUACUCUUCAGUUGGAUCUACAGUCUUGCUGCGUGUUCCUGCCUAAUGACAGCCUCCCUUCCCCGAGCACCAUCAUCUGUGGGGACAUACCUGGCACCGUCCGCAGCUGGUACCACAACCAGGCCUCUAUGCCCGGAACCCUGGUUAUCUGUUUGCCCCAGAUGAGCGUCCUCAGUGCUGGGCACAAAUAUAUGGAGCCCCUGCAGGAGCUCCCCUUCGUUGUCUCAAAGCCCAUCUUAGAGGAAGGUGAUGCUUUCCCAUGGACCAUAAGCCUGAGUCAGUUCAGUGUAUACACCUUGCUGGGGAAGCAGCAAAGUCUUAGCCUGUUGGAGCCCAUGGGAUGCACAUCCACACUGGCCGUCACGUCUAAACUGCAGGGAAGCUCUGAGGAAAGGCCCUCCUUUGUAGUCUGCCUCCAUGUUGAUCUACAGCCCAUUCACGUCAAGAGUUCCAACUCUCAGGUCCAACUUUUGUAUGAGCUUUACCUCAGCUGGAGCAGUACAUGGGCCCGUCUGCAGAAACACGGUAUUCUGCGUCAGACUUCCAGCGUCCCAGACCCCCCUGCUGGUGUUGCUCCAUCCUCCCCAGUACGCAGCAGUGCAGGCACGGCUCUCCCUGACACCAGCACCUGCAGUCCCUCUGCAGACUUUGGCUCCCCCACUGAGGGUGACUCUGUGCCUGCUGGAGAUGAUGGUCCAUUUGCAGACACUGUGACGUUGGAGCAGCAAACAAGCACCAUUGAGGGAAGCAGUGGGAAGGUCAGCCUUUGGAUGCAGUGGAUGUUACCCAAGGUCACAAUUCAACUCUUUGCUACCGACCCAACUGCAAGAAAGACAGAAAUCUGUGUCAUCAAUGAAUUAGAAGACCUGAGUGCAUCUGUUGAUAUCCAGGAUGUCUACACAAAGGUCAAAUGUAAAGUUGGCAGCUUUAACAUUGAUCACUACCGAUGCAGUAUGGAGGAGGGUUUUCGGACCUCGGGCAGCUGUGGAGGAGUGGUGCUCUCUUGCACUGACAAGCUGAACAGACGCACUGUGUUGGUUCGACCCGUCAGCAAGCAAGGCUCUUUCAGCCACUUCUCUGGUUUUUCCACUCCUAUGGCAGCUAAAAUCCUGGAAGGCUCUCAUCAGCAGCAUGGUUUCCUGUCAAUUACCUACACUCAAGCUGUUACCAAAAACGUCCGGCACAAACUCACCAGCCGACCCGAGCGUCCGUCUCGCAGCAGCAUGACCGCUACAGGCCAGAGGAUGGCCAGUGACCCCCUGGCAGACAGCUCGCCUCAGUAUCUGAGAGAGAUCCUGCUGACUGCUCAGCCCUUUGAUGUGGUGUUAUUCUGUCCCUUACUGGCUACUGUAGCGGGCGUCUUUCAGACAACAGUACCGAGACGCUACAGAGAGCGUGGGAAGUCUGCAGGUCAGCCGAUGCGGAGCCACACAUUGACUUCUAGGUGUUUGCCUCUCAUCUACAUCAACACCAGUGUGAUCCGCGUCUUCUGCCAUGGGAGACAAGACAGACAUGCACCUUCAGAUCCCAGUGAGAAGAUGGAAGACACCGUUGUGUUAAAGCUGGGUUCCCUCAGCAUGGCUCCACAGGCUGACAACCCACUGACCCGUACUGUGCUGCGCAAAGAUAUCUAUCAACGUGCACUGAACCUAGGCAUUCUGCGUGACCCAGGUUCAGAGGUGGAGGACCGUCAGUAUCAGAUUGAUCUCCAGUCUAUCAACAUUGGAACUGCUCUGUGGGAGCAGCUCAAGCCAGAGAAGGAGGGAACGAAAGGCGGGGUUUCUGCAGAAAGUGAGAGGAGCUCUCAGAAUCCAGCCCUGGAGUGGAACAUGGCUAGCAGUAUCAGACGGCAGCAGGAGCGGCGGGCAAUCCUGACGCCAAUCUUGACUGACUUCUCUGUACGGGUGACUGCUGCCCCUGCCAUCAUCUUUAGCAAAAAUCUCUCUCCUGAUAGUGGCCAAACCGAGGAGGUGGUGGUGUGUGGCCACUCUUUGGAGGUGAAUGUGACAAGCAGUCUGGAUUUCUUCCUGAGUAUUGCUCAGGUGCAGCUCCUUCAGCAGCUCCUCAGAGACAACAUGGUGGGCUCAAAUGCGUCAGACAAAGGUUCUGAGGUAAGAAGACCGGACCAAAAGGGAGUCCAUCAAGACCCUUCAACAGGUGGGGACUCAGCAUCGCGCCAUAGUGGGACUGGACAAGACAGUGGCUUUGGCAGUGACAGCGCCCACAUUCGCAUUGUCCAAAUAGAGCAGCAAAGUGGGACCAGUCAUCACUGCAUCGCAAGGCCCUCACGCAAGUCCACCAUCACUAAGAACCUCACCUUCAUCCCUUUUGACAUCUUUCUCACUGCCAGUAAACUAUCUGUUAUGACCUAUGCCUGUUCAAGUGCCCCAAAAGCUCUCGCUACGUUGUCUGAUACACCUAGCACACCAGAGAGGAAGGAACCUGAGGAUAAGGUGGGAAGGAGCAUCCUUAAUCAUCCUGAGAUCAUGUCAGACUCUCCUCCAGUGUCAGCCUGCCCAAGCCCUGAUCAAACCCCAGCUGCCCAGGGUUCACUUGCUGGGCUGACUGCAGACGACAUCCUCAACAGCAACACCUCUCAGCCACCUUCUCCACUAAUAAAGGGAAGCUUGCUCUCUCUUGACGGUCUACCCACUCCAACCCGCUCCUCAGCCCGCCAAGCCCUGGGUGUUACCAUAGUGAGGCAGCCUGGGAGACGAGGGGCAGGGGACCAGGUGUUGGAACCCCUCUUGUACCUACAACUUGUGCAGCCUUCCGUUCUGCUUAGCUGCCACCAUCGAAAGCAAAAGAUGGAGCUGUCCGUGUUUGAUGUGUCCUUAAGAGGAGUACCUUCUGACUACAAGUGCCUAGACCCAGGAAAAACUCUCCCAGAAACACUGGACUACAACGUGUACUGGCUGCAGACAGUGGCUGCAGAGGUUGACAGUAAAACAGGCGUCCCUCCUCCUCUGCUUUGCUUCCAGAUCAAAGAUUUCCUCAAUGGACCAGCAGAGCUACAUUUGGAGCUGUCCCGUCCCCUGAAAAUCAGCCCAACUCUGGUAAAGCUGGAGCAGACCAAAGCCUACCUGCAGAAAGUCUUACCAAACUACACAUGGGAGAGCUCCAGCAAAACACCGUCUGCCUUCUCCACUCCUCACUCAUCUCCGAAAAAGAAGCCCCACCGAGCCUUUCCCUCCCGUGUCGACCCACACCAUGAAGCCUCAGGCCAGGGUAAAGCCAGCAGGGCCAGGGCCCUGUCCUUCCACAAAGUCUCCCUCCACACCGCACAGAUCGUCGUCGUCAUGGAGACAGAAGCCUGUCCAAUGAGGCCCAGCGUUACAGCAUCAGUGUCGGCCAUGACGGCGUGUCUGACCAUGAAGUCAGGACCUCGGAUAGAUGACCCAGUCGAGUCUGCCUCUCUGCUGCUGACAGUGAAAGAUGCGCUGGUGAAAACAGGACUAGGGGACCGGGGCCACGUGUUCCUGGGACCGUUUUCCUGCAGCAGCUCCCUUGAAGUUCGGUGGUGCCGGCACAGCGGCAGUCCUGGACCAGAGCCCGGCCCUCCUAAACUGCUUCUGGACCUGAAGGGAGGUCUGCUGCAGGUUUUUUGGGGCCAGGAACAUUUGAACUGCCUGAUGCUGGUGGAAGAGCAUCUUCGUAAUUACCUCCAUCUCCACAGAGAGGAGUCAAACAAUAGCUGGUCUAAGGGAAAGGCCUGCCAUACCCAGCCUCCUCCCUCUCCGGUAGCGCCCUCCCCCAGGACAGAGCACAGCUCAGAUGACCUGCGCACUGGAAAUUUUCAGUACAUUCAGGACUCAGGGUCUCAAAAACUGCCAGGAGCCCAUGAGGUGGUGUUUUACAGUGAGACAGAAGAGAGUCCGGGGGUGAUGCUGUGGAGAUACCCUGAACCGCGUGUCCUUACCUUUGUCAGGAUAACGCCCGUCCCCUUCAACACCACUGAGGACCCUGAAAUAAGCACAGCUUACCUGGGAGACGUCCUACAGGUACCAUGCAGUCUGGAGUACUGGGACGAGCUCCAGCAGGCCUUUGUCCCAUACCGGGAGUUCAGCCUGUCAGAAAGCUGUGCCUGCCAGCUGCAGCUGCCUAGUCUCAGCCUCACCGAUCAGCAGAAAGAGCUGGUGGCCUCCGACCUCUGGAGGAUCGUGCUCAACCAUAACGGAGAAGGAGGAGAUGAGCAGAGUUCAGACAGUGAGUGUGGGUCCCAGCUCCCAUGUGACCAGUUGGUGUCCCCAAUAGCACUGGCAGCCUGUACCCGUGUGGAUUCCUGUUUCGCUCCCUGGUUUGUCCCAUCAUUGGGUGUGUCCUUACAACUAGCACAGCUGGAGGUUCACCUUUGCCAUCACCUUGAGCAGCUGGGUACAGUUCCAUCAAGGAAACUUCAUCCCUUCCUGCCAGACAGGAAGUUACCUCAAGAACAAGAGUUCAUGGUGAUUGGUUCUCGGGAGCCCCAGGUCUUCGUGCGUCAGUGGAACAACGGACCUCGUCGCUGUCAGGAGAUGAGCUUUUCCACCCAGCUGGACUGCAAACUACUGGAGUACCGAAACCUAACCCACCUGCAGUUUCUCCAGUCCUGUGCACUGCGGGGACAGGCGACAGCAAUCAGCUGCCCCCAGAACACCUCCUUAGCUGUUGACGUGUUUGUGGAUCCCAUGUUCCUCAAUAUUAGCCAGUAUGCCAUCCACACCAUGGACACUGCAGUGCUCAGCUGGCAACAGAAUGGGAACCAAGAUGCGGAGGAGCUGCUCUACAGUCACUACGUGAUCUGCAAUGACACAAAUGAGAUCCUGCGCUUUGGUCAGGUGGACACAGAUGAGAAUGUACUGCUGGCCAGCCUCCACAGCCACCA